GUAGGACUGAGCAUUUGUGCCGAACGGCAGCGAGCAGUAUGGUUGGAGACAUCGAGACUUCUGGAAAAAAUCCAAAGAUCUAACAGAGGCUCCUGCGUUAUUUGGUUAUACACUAACAAGCUUCAUUCUUUCCUAUUAUACCGGAGUCUUAAUUAUGUUUCUCUUCAAAACCUGGUCAACUGUAAGACUGGUCGCCGUCUUACUGAGUUUGGGGAUUCAGCAGAGCACUUGGAAAGCAGUGGAAACGAUUAAUCCAGAAUGUGCUGUGGUGGCUGAGCAUAUGAGGGCUCGAGAGCAAUGCAUUCACACUCAAAGACAAGAGGCCCGCAACAGCAACAAUAUCACCGGGUGUCGUACUGAGUGGGAUGACUUUUGGUGCUGGUACAGGGCAGAGGUCGGACAGGUUGUCAACGUCUCCUGUCCCGAAGUGUCUCAGUUCUUUGCGAUUAAUAAUGGUUUCAUAAUUAGGAAUUGCACCAAGAGUGGCUGGACCAAAGUCUACCCAUCCUAUGAGAAUGCUUGUGAGAUUGUGGAGGAUGUGGAAUCGGAAUCCGAGGUGAAAACUUCACUCCAUGCAAUACUAGGACUGCAGUCAAAUGAACAUACAGUACAUCUUGACAGAGCAAUUAUAGCACUAAUACUGAAUUCUGAAUGUUUUCCUCUUCAGACCUCUUGCAAGGCGGCAGUGGCUUUCUUUCAGUUCAGUAUCCUGGCAAACUACUUCUGGCUGCUGGUUGAGGGGAUGUAUCUACAGACUCUUCUAGCUCUAACUUUUGUCUCACAAAAGAAGUAUUACUGGUGGUACAUACUUAUUGGCUGGGGUCUACCAACACUAAUACUGACCAUCUGGGUUCUAGCAAGGAAUUGUUUUGAUAACAGAGGGUGCUGGGAUGACACAGAUGUUGCUUACUUUUGGUGGAUUAUCAAAGGACCCAUCACAGUGUCUCUCCUGAUGAAUUUCUUCAUCUUCAUAAAUGUGAUCCGGAUUCUUGUGCAGAAGCUGAAGUCUCCAGGAAUGGGUGGCAGUGAUACCAACCACUUCAUGAGACUGGCCAAGUCUACCCUUUUCCUGAUUCCUCUGUUUGGCAUGCACUACAUGGUUUUUGCCUUCCUGCCAGAGAACACAGGAGAAAACGCUCGCCACUUUCUUGAACUCGGCCUGGGUCCCUUUCAGGGUUUUGUUGUGGCUCUAUUAUACUGUUUUCUCAAUGGAGAGGUCCAAGCAGAACUGAAGAAGAGACUGUGGAAGUGGCAGACACAAAAUUAUUUGAGAUACAGUAAGAGAAGACGAACCCUCUUUACUGAGAGCAGCACAGUCACACAAAUCUCAGUUUUAGAGAAGUCCAGCCCUAAGCUGCCCUUAACUGAGUCACACAACAGUGUGUCAUCCGUCUGAAAUCAAGCUUUAAAUUUCAUCUCAUUCCCUGUUUACCUUCCUCUCACACAUUACUGAAACAAGCUUUCUUGUUGCUUGAUGCUGAUAAGAGAAUACUCUCUAUUUUUGCAUUAUGCAGAAGCACAAACCAUGUUGUUUAGUUUCCUCUACUAAUUGAAAUGAGAUGCACUGACUAUUUACAGACCAAAUUAAAGGGACAGUUCACU